CUCGAUCUCCUGCGCCUCAUUGCCAUGGGUGUAUGAAGUUGAGCGCUAACAGAUUUUGAUCGCAUGACUGGACAUCGAUCUGCAUAGCAGUUUCCAAGUUAUUGCUUGUUCUGUAUAUCACCCCACGGGCAAGUCUCAAGUAAUCAUUUGUGUUUGUUUCUCUAUCGGAGGAAGCAAUAACAUGGAAAAUGUACAUGCAGCGCCAAGGGUUCUGUCGUUCCGGUUAUUGAAUGAAAUUACAAAAGGUUUCUCUACGGACAUGAAAAUUGGCGCAGGUUCAUACGGAAAUGUUUAUAAGGGAGAGCAUACAACUGGGGAAAUUAUUGCUGUGAAGGUGCUUCAUUACAUUCCAGGAAUUGAUGAUGAGCAAUUUGAGAAGGAGUAUCACAACCUUGCAACUCUACGGCACAAAAAUAUUGUGCGGUUACUUGGCUAUUGCCAUGAAACUAGGCGAGAAUUUCUGCCUUACAAUGGAAAACUGGUUUUUGCUGAGAUGACACAGAGAGCCCUUUGCUUUGAGUAUAUGCAAAAUGGAAGCCUUGAUGGUUGUCUUACUGAUGAAUCUACUGGACAUGAUUGGUGCACACGCUACGCAAUAACUAAGGGGAUUUGUCAGGGUCUGAAGUACCUUCAUGAGGAAUUGGAUCCUCCUAUGUAUCAUUUGGAUUUAAAACCAGCGAAUGUAUUGCUAGAUGAAAAUAUGGUGCCGAAAUUAGCCGAUUUUGGCUUGUCAAGGCUCUUCAGAGGAGAACAAACACAAAUGACCAAAAGUGCUGUAGGAACACUGUAAGUCUAAUCAUCUAUGUGAAUUGAAAAAUUAUAUACAUUAGACCGAUGGUCUCGAUAACAUAUAUGAUGUGUCAUUUUGUCAUAUAGUGGGUACGUACCGCCGGAAUACAUAGAUGCGGGUAUAAUCUCUACUAAGUUUGACAUAUUCAGUUUGGGUGUGCUAAUCAUAAAGAUAAUGACUGGACCAAACGGCUACUUUUCGGAGUGCUGAAAUGGCUACCCAACAAUUCAUAGAGCUGAUCUAAAAAAAAAAACAAUUCAUAGAGCUUGUAAGCGGAAUUAUUGCCUUUACUGAGACUAGUAGUACGUAUUUCAUGAAUAAUAUCUCCAUAUAAUUCGAGAAACUGCCACGCUUUAUGUUACAUACUGGUAGGUGCAUGGGAACUGGAAGAACAAGCUACAGACAAGAUCAGUUUACACGCUGGAGCGUCAUUCCAAACAAGUGAAGAGAUGUAUCGAAAUAGCUUUAAGCUGUGUGGAUGCCGAUCGACACCAAAGGCCGAGUAUAGGUGUAAUCAUCAGUAUGCUGAAUGAGACCGAGACUGCGCCGCGAUUUCGGAGACCAAGGGUCGACGAUAUACAAGGAGCAGAUGAGCCUGGGCACCGAGUUGGAUAUCCGCCACUUAUAGAUAUGCUAAGAAAUGUGAGUACUUAGUUUUUAGCCUACUUAAAUAAUUUUUUUCGAUAAAGGACAUUUCAGCCGUAGCUGGCCAUUAUUCGAUAGACAAGAAAACUAGUAAUGAAUAAUGAAGAUGAACCAAGAAAACAAAGAACACUGAGCGUGCAGCUGGCGUUCAAGCACUGCAAAAGGGCCCCACUGAAAGAGUGUAAAAUAAAGGUGAUGCUGGAGCUCACCGGUGGCGACAGCACCAGUGACCGGCCGGGCCUGGACCUGGUGCUCGUCAUGGACGUCAGUGGCAGUAUGGAGGGCGAGAAGCUAGACCAAGUAAAGACCGCCAUGCGGUUUGUCGUACAGAAGCUCAGCCCCAUCGACCGACUCUCCAUUGUCACAUUCUCUAAUAUCGCCACCAAGCUCUGUCCGCUGCAGCAGGUCACCGAGGCCUCGCAGCGGCAGUUGCAGCAGCUCAUCGACAGUCUUGUGGCCCAGGGCGCCACCAACAUAAUUGACGGCCUCCGGACCGGGGCCAAUAUCCUUACCGACCGCAAGGUGAGCGACGGUCGCGUCGCCAGCAUCAUGCUCAUGUCUGACGGUCACGUCCAGGACACUGGCGGUGCUGGCCUGAUCAUGGCCGUAGCCCAGUGCCUCGCCGGGCUGCUUACGGUCGCGAUUGAGGAGCUCGAACUGAAGAUGGAAUGGGUCAUUGGCGAAUUACAUAUAGUUAAGGUGAACUCUGGGAAUCUAAAGUCCUACGGCGGCAAGGGUCACGAGCGCGUAAGCUUUGGCAACCUCUACAGCAGAGAAGUUCGCAGGGUCAUUGUUGAACUUCUUCUACCGGCAAUCGACAGCGAGCGUAGCACGGAGAUCGAAGUCACGCUGGUACGGUAUCCAUCAAAAACAGGGAGGCCAGAGUUCAUCAGCAUGCCUCCUAAGACAAUGAGUGUGUGGCGCACCAGCAUGGAGGUCUUCGAGGAGGAGAUGCCGCCAGAGUUACUGAUGGAGGAGGCCCGUUUGCACGCGGUGGAAAUGCUUCACCAGGCGAUGUACCUGGCGGAGGACAUGAGAGACCUUGGCAGUGCCAAGGCUCUGCUAGUGGAGGCCCAGAACAGGGAGCGCUGCAUCCCGGAGCUCAGGACCGAGCUGCAGGGGAUCAUCGAUCUGUUGGAAGCGCCAGAAUCGUACGCCAAGCACGGCCAACCGUACACGGCGUCCUCGUCUAUUUCGCACCGCCUGGAGCGUUACGCGGCGAGGGGCAACAUGGAGACCAUGCGGCUCUUUGCAACGCCACGCAUUGAUGAGUACCUAGAGCAGGCCAAGAAGUUCCACGAUGACCCUACGAUACCACUGCCGUCUACGGAUGACGAUGUCCAGCAGGAGGUUGGUGUUCUUAACAUUAAUGUUGCCAGUAGGGCUGAGGAGAUGCGGAGAUUGAGCUUGGAAAUAAUGGUCUAAUUAAGCAGCCAUGCAGACUAUCAAGAACCACAGCAGCAAAUGUAGAAACAAACU